AGCCCCGCUCCCAGCGCCGGCGGGCUCGGCUGCCUCUCGCCUGCCGCUGCCGGGCGCGGAGCUCCCAGGGGAGCGGAGCCGGGCGCCCCCGCAGCUCACGAGGGAAGGAGCCGGGACCCGCACCUGGAGCGCGGCGGCCGCUGGCCCAGCCGGCAGCAGCAGCCGUCCCCAUGAUGUGCGACACGGGACUGAUCUCCCCGGAGCCCUCCAGCCCGAUGCAGUACUACGGAGAGUCCUCCGACACCUACUACCAUGUUGACCGCUGGCAGAAACUCCGGACGGCCGUCAGGAAGCUGGAGUUCUGGGAAAACUUCAAUGCUGAGCUGAUAGGCAGCGGCUUCUUCUCCAAGGUGUACAAGGUGACUCAGAGCGCGACCUGCAAAGUGAUGGUGGUGAAAAUCUACAAGAACGACGUGGACCAGGAGGUGAUAGUGCGCGAGAUUAGCUUGCUGCAGAAGCUCUCCCACCCGAACAUUGUCAGGUACCUGGGGAUCUGUGUGAAGGAUGAGAAGCUGUACCCAAUUCUGGAGUAUGUUAAUGGUGGGUGCCUGGAAGAGCUCCUGGCCAGCAAGGAGAUCACCCUCAGCUGGAAGGAGAAAGUGGACUUGGCUUCAGACAUCACAAGGGGGAUGAUCUACUUGCACUCCAAGAACAUCUACCACCGGGAUCUCAACUCCAAGAACUGCCUCAUUCGUGUGACCCAGCGGGGCCGGGAAGCCUUGGUGACGGAUUUCGGUCUGGCCAGAGAGGUGGUGGAGCUGCCCGUGAAGAACCCGGAGAGGAAGCUGUCCCUGGUGGGCUCCGCCUUCUGGAUGGCCCCUGAGAUGCUGCGGGGGGAGCCGUACGACAGGAAGGUGGAUGUGUUCUCAUUUGGCAUAGUCCUGUGUGAAAUACUGGGCAGAAUCCCCGCUGACCCGGAAGUGCUUCCCAGGACGCAGGAUUACGGCCUGGACGUUGCAGCUUUCCAAGGAAUGAUCAGCGAAUGUCCCAAGCAGGUUUUGGACCUCGCCGCUAGUUGCUGUCGGGUGGAAGCAUUCAAGAGGCCCUCUUUCUCCGAGCUGCUGGAUGAACUGGAAGACGUAGCAGAGAGUUUGGAGGCUCCAAAGGACAAUCAGCUGUCCGGAUGAUUGCCCACGCUCUUCUGAGCCCUGAUGGAGUCAGACUCAAACUGUAAAUUACUCGUACAUCAGAAAAGGCGAGAGGAGAAAGAGAGCGAGGGUGAAAGAGCAAAGUAAUGCCCUGGUAUUUAUUUAAUCGUAUUCGCAUUCUCACAGAGAAAGUGUGGCUUGAAAAAUACAAAGGGGGAAUUUUCAAGGGAUUUUUUCUAGCUGAGGUUUUUAACAGAAAUAAUUCCGACACUGAGCAGUCUUUGCUUGGUUGGUUUUUUUGUUUGUUUGUUUUUUUAAAAAAGGAAGAUACUAAUUUCUGAUGUAAAUACAGACGGUGAGAGAUUCUGGAGGGGACGCUGGAUAAUUGACUCUCAGAUGGGGAUGCUCUCUGAAGCCCAGGAUAGAAGUGUGGCUUUCCCCCUCCUCUUCCCCAUAGUCCUACCUGUGUCUCAGCCCUCCAGCCUUCAUCAGAGCCAUCUCUGGAGGCGGUGGAUUUGGCGUUGUGUAAAGGGGAAGGGGCGGCAUGGCAGAUUGUGAGCCAGUAAAGUCGCCUUAGAAUACAUAACCUUAAAACCGUCCUCCAGUAGCCUUGGGAGGAGACUGCGUUCUGUAAUGUCUCUGGUCAUGUGACCUUCCUAGAAACCGGCCAGCGUCCAAGCACCCGUGUUGUGCUCAGAGCAUUUGGGGGUUUCGUGUAGACAGAGGGUGAUGGUUUGGGAAGCCUGAUUGGCUGCUGAGGAAGUUAAACAUGCCUAUUUGUGGAACAUUCCACUGAGACGGGGGUAUUUACUUUAACAAAUAGAAACUAAUGAACCAAUAUAGACCUUUGGAAAAGCUGCAUCAGGGAUGCUUGCUGUGUCACAGGUGUGUCCGUGCCAACAGAGGGGCUUGCAGUAUCACAGGUGUGCCCAUACCAACAGAGGGGUGCUCACCAUGUUAUAGGCGUGUCCGUACCAUCAGAGGGUCUUUGUCUGGUACAGGAGUGCCCUAGCUUUCUUACAGCAGGUGCUAGACUGUCGGGGUUUGUUCCCAUGGCUCUCACACACCCAAGACUCCUGUGACAGGGUUGCCCACUGAACAAAUACAUCCCAACAAGCUCUGAGGCAGGUCUGUCAGGGGGCUUCUAGUCACUGGUGAGGGGAUCAUGAGGUGGCCGAGUCACAGGUUGCAGCCCCAGAUUGACAAGCAGGCAGGAUAACGCCGGCCACCUCCACCCAGGGGAGAUCCCUGUGAGUUCCUGGCUGUCUUGAUGCCCCUUGUCGUGGUGUUGUGAUGCACACACGGGGCACUGGGGCGUGCGCUUUGUGAUGCAGGCAGUCUGGACAGGGUUUCAGCUGGGUGUUUUGGGGUUCGCAGCCCUGGCCUUCGCUGAUUUGGGAUCCGCCUCGGUCCCCUUCUGCUGCAUCACUGUUCUGGGUCCAUCCCCAACUGUCCUCUCCAGGGGCGGAUGCAGACACACAGCGCUCCCCGACAGGCAGGUUCAGACCCUGGUACUGUAAUACUCACCUUAUGAUUCUGCCUUACCACUCCCUGAAAGGAAACCCUCGCUUAUCCGUGCACCUAAGCAAGUGUCCUGAACCUUGCGAAUGGGAUCCCAUCGUCGGGUUCAUGCAGGCCCAGCACUCUGGGGUCUCUUUCACCUCUGCAAAGCACCCUCCCAUAGCGGUUUCUGAACAAACGUUCCAGGCAGAUAUGUUGUAUGGGGACUGGCCGUGCCAGCGCGAUGCUGGAGACAGAGGCGUGCUUUGCAGACCUGCAGGACAAGAGCCGUCUUUGUUGGACCCCAUUGAUUUGUUAGUCGGGGAUGGGGAGGCUUUGGUUAGAGAAGUCUGGCCACAGCAAAACAGCUUAUUCCCACCCGAAGCGAAGGAGGAAUUUGCGCAGGCUCAAGUCCUGAGGCAUUGUGGGGAUUCCUGAGCAUCUGAUUUAUGGGCUCAGGAGGAGAAAUGAAGAAUGUGCCAAUCAUCUACCCCCCGUGCAAAGCCAUCUCCUCGUGUGUGGGUGUUUGUGUGCGACGACACUGACCCACCUCACAGGGUGCUGUGUACGUGAAUCAAAGGGCUAACGUGCUUUGCGGAUGCUAAGGUCUAAGUGUUCUAUUUUCUUCUGGGAUCGGAUCCAGCAGGAGGAGGUUAAAUGCAGUUAGGGAAAUAGUUGGAGGAGUUGGGGUGGGCUGAGCUGGGAGGGAUUCCAAAUUAGGGGCAGGAGGCGGAGGAGGGGUUAAUUAGCAGAAACCCUUUUCUAGAGUAAACUUAAAAAAACCCCAAAAAGGCAAGUGAUAAAUCCAGCAUCUGACUGGAGCUGGGCUUCUCCUAACACAUGGUUGGGUCUUAUAUACCAGUGAUUUCUCAGCAGCAGGGCCAGCUCCACCACGGGUUUAAAGUGGUGUACUUCCAUUGACUUGCAUGGAGCUACACCACAAUACUCUGGCUGAAGUGCCUGCCCCUAGAUUGUAAGCUCUUUGGGGCAGGGCCUUUCUCUACAGUAAGGCUGAACACGGGGGCCUCAGUCCCGCAUGGCGCCCUUAGGCGCUGCCAUCAUACAAACGAUGAAGCACAAGCGGGGAAAUGCACACACUGCGGUGAUGCGCUGUAACCUGACGCACAGCCAUUUCUUAUUGUCUGUAAAUGUCCUGGUGAGUGUUUUCAGCUGUUCCUUGGUUCUGGCAGCUCCCUGCUGGCUGUAACAAGGCGGCACCUAGAAUGCAGAGACUUCAAAUGCUGGCGAAUUCUGUGUCCUGUGAAAUACAAACAACUGGGUGGGGAAAGGGCACUGACAUCUGUGCAAGUGAACGUCUGCGGGAACAAGGGGCAGCGUUGUAAUGGUUUUGCAUUCUCUCAAGGGACUGCAAGGAUUUGGAAGUCUGCAAGAAAUAUACUCAAUGCAGCAAAGAUGCACCAUACAGCGAGAGAUUUACUAGUUCGUACAUGUUUCUGGACGAUUAUUUGUUGCUCCAUUUUCCUCUGUAUCGCAGCUGUCGAGUUUAUACACAAGGGACUUCUUGCUUAAGAGUUACAAUAUGCUCAGCAAAUAUGGAUUUCUGUGCAGCGGGCUCCGAGGAGCAGCAGGGUGAGAUUCCCUAAUUCUUCUGCCUGGGAGGGGAGACCGUGGCUCUUUGACUUGCUUCCCAAUUUGGAGUCCCUGUACUAGCUGAGUGGAAGUUACAGGAGCUUGUGUUUUACUGCCUGGCAGUACAAACAGCAUUGGUAUGCACUGUGUAUCUUCGGUGUGAGCCAAGCAUCGUCUGUGUCACAGCAAAGUGCAAGGUAGCAGAAGGCAAAUAGCUAGGUUUGCAUUGAACUAUUCAAAGGUGAUGCAUGGUGGGAAAGGAGGAGACCUGCUGAGGAAUCCCCCUGCCCUCUUCAAAGCAGCCAGGCUGUACUAUCAGCUGUUGGCGGGGCAGGGGAUGCGCCUUUUGAUCUCUUGGCCAAGUAUGGUGACACUGUGGAGCAAGCCCCACCCCCAAUCCAACGUCCAUGUGUAACUCCCAGUGGCUUCAGCGGGAGCUGGACUGAACCCUACACGAGGGACAUCAGGGUAUGUCAGAACGUAGAGAGCUCUGAAUGAUGUAGGGCCUGAUCCAAAGUCCACUGAAGUCAUUGGAUCAGAGUCCCAUGGAACAUAGGACUGGAAGGGACCUCCUGGGUUAUUGCGUCCUGUCCCCUGCUUUGCAGGCCACCCCCACCGUAUCAUCCCCUGCGUGAACUUAUCCAUCUCCAGCUCCAACCAGUUCAGUUGUUUGCCCCACGCCGCUUCUGUUGGGAGGCGGUGCCACAGCCUCGCUCCUCUGAUGGGCAGAAGCCUUCUUCUGAUCUCCAACCUAAAUAUUCACCCCCAUUUGUUCUUGUGCCGAAAUUGUCCUGUAGCUUCGGUAGCUCUUCUCCCUCCCUGGGAUUUUCCCCCACUUCCCUCCCCAUGUAUUUAUUGGCUUCAGUGGGCUUUGGUUCAGGCCCUCGAUUGCUUUAAUAACAGUAGCAGAGACCUUCCCCUUUGCCUCCUCUCCACAGCAUCUGGAAUCCCAGCUGCGUGAGCUCUGUUGCAAAUACUGAACAACAAUAACAAUAAGAGGAAUCCAAUUUGGCAUGGAAGGAAGGCACAUGUGGGUCUAAAACUAGGUCGGUCCCUGCUAAUUGGGAGUGCUGCAGGGCAUGGGCACAGACCUGCUUCUGAAGGUACAGGUUGCAAUUUUCAAAGGCCCUUGUGGGAUUCAGUGCCCAAGUUCCAUUGAAUUCCGGACUGGGUGGAGUUUGGAGGCCCAGCUCCAUAGAUUGGACAGAUCUGGAGCAGAGGGGGAUGUGGGUUGCUUUGUAUUAUUUGCCUUGGCUUGACUGCAUGGGCAGUGCUAGUGCUGGGUGGUCUCUGCAGGAUUCUCACACCUGUAACCUCGUCUCCCAGAACAACCUCCUUGGUGCAUGAAGAAUGAUCCUCUAGCAGUAGGUGUGCCCCACCCAAGGCAGUCUGCUCCUUCAGUCCUUCCAAGUGCCCACUUUCCAUGUGACUGGUGCCUUGGUGGGGGGCUGGAACAGAGGUGAGCCCGCUCUCCCCUUAUUCACGGCAACCCAACCCAUCCCAGCAACCCCUCACCCAAUGAAACGAAGACCAGAGAAGGGAAUAGAAGUGAAAGGGGCGGAUCUGUUCCUGCAGAGUCAGGAGCACACGGUCUGACCACAGUGAAAGUUACAAAGUGAAUGGAAACUUUGUUGAAGGUCUAAUAAAGUAUUGUCGACUACUUUUAAUUGUGUUCUGAACAGUAGCAUCUUUCCAUGGAUGCCUGGAAAGGAAGGACAUUGGUUAAAGGGAUAUGUUUUGUACACACUGGGGCUGUACAAAGCAGAGGUGUCCAGCUGGUGUCAUUGGGAGGGGUAACCAGACGGAUGCCUAGCUGAGAGCAAGUCUAGCCCUGGCUGUGGCUGGGAGCUGAUCAUGGUACUCAGCCAGUUCUGGAGAGCUGAAUGAGGGAGAAGUUGAUGCCAACCAGGUCCUUUCUAGACAUCGGGGGCGAAAUUCUGGCUCCACUGAAGUCAGUGGGAGUUUUGCCAUUGCCUUCAACCGAGCCAGGAUUUCUCUCCAGAUGUUUAAAGAGUUAAAGCUAGAGAUGAGCCAAAGCAAACACCCUGUUUCUGAACACCCUGGGGAAUGUCCACCCCAGAUGUGAAGAGCGUUGCUGGGAUCUCUCUUUAGGAAGCUGGCUUUGAUCCCCUCUCCUGCUCUUUGGGAACCUCCAGCUCGGAGCCCUGCCUCUGAAAUCAGGGAGUCAUGAUGCUGGGGGAUCUGGGUAGCUCUGCUGUUGUCCUCCAGGUUGCAUUACUCACCUCCCAGUCACAGUUAAUCACAGGCUCAGCACCUCUGUUCCCUAGCAGUCGCCCACUCCUGCAGCUCCUGUUCUCUGCUUGGACAGACUCUCCACUCCACAGAAGCGGGCGAGGGCACAGACCAUGGGGUAUGUACGGUAUCCAACAGGACUGUGUUUCUAUCACAUGAUGUCUUUUUAAAAAAAUGCCGCUUUGGAAUAAAGUCCAGUGCUUCUUUCCCACAGAA